AUGCAGAAAAAACGUCAGAACAAGGAUCUUAUUGAGCUGCAGGCCCUGAUAGAUGCUCACUUCGAGCACAGAAAGAAGGAGGAGGAAGAGCUCAUCGCCCUCAAAGAACGAAUCGUGAGUAAGAAUGAGUAAAUGACAUUACUCUGCAUACACAUGGGUCAAAUUUGAAAAUGAAUACAAGGCCGUAAAUGAAAUCAAGGUUUUCUUAUUGGACAAGUUCAGGUAGUCAAUUCCUGUUCGCUUAUGUUUAGUUCAUAGUGAAUACAACCAUGAAAAAAUGAUAAGACGCUGCAGUGCACACUGGUGGCCAAAGGUAAUACAACCAACCAUCUGUAUCUAUAUGUGUCUGCCUGCAGGAGAAGCGUAGGGCUGAGAGGGCCGAGCAGAACAGGAUCCGUAGCGAGAAGGAGAAGGAGCGCGCGGCGAGACGUGAGGUUAGUGUCCUCCGCCGGUACCACUACCGACCCCUCUGGGCUUUCUUCAACUAUCAGCGUUCUGUUAACGUGUGACCUGUCCCUACAACACACUGACUUUGUGCUGUGAUUUCCAAUACAGGAGGAGAGGCUGAAGAGGGAGGAGGCAGAUACCAAGAAGAAGGCUGAUGAGGACGCAAAGAAGAAGUCAGCCCUGUCCAGCAUGGGCUCCAACUACAGCAGCCAUCUGCAGAAGGUGACCUAGCGACCAACCAGUCUUCACAGAACCAUACGUUAUGAAUUUAAAAAAUAUCACUUACUUGUAUACAACAUGUAAUUCACAAAAAAACUAUGAGUUAUGUGUGUACAUGUCCGAUCGAUGGACUGCCAUUCAUUUGUAACAGGCUGACUCAAAGAGAGGUGGGAAGAAGGAAACUGAGAGAGAGAAGAAGAAGAAGAUCCUGGCAGGCAGACGCAAGGCCCUGAACAUCGACCAUCUGAAUGAAGAGAAACUGAAGUAAGAAACAGUUCAAGUAACAGACUUGGGCUUUAUGUACAGUACGGUGUGUGUAGUGUGUUGUUUUGGCGAUGAGAAAUAGGCCUACAGCAGGAAAAGUCAGGUGCAAGUACAAUAACGUUUGCAACUGUCUCGUUAUCUGAAAUUAAUGUACUUUAAGAACACCCUUCAGCCAAUUUAAUCAGAAUCAAGUAUUCAACCUCAGGUAUAAAUAUGGAAUCUCCACAGAGAGUUUGAACUCACCGAGUCAUCUUGCUUGCUCUGCUCUAGGGAGAAGGCAAAGGAGCUGCAUGAAUGGAUGCAGACACUGGAGUCUGAGAAGUUUGACCACAUGGAGAGGCUGAAGAGGCAGAAGUAUGAGGUAUGUAUCCGAUGUCCUGGUUAAAGAAAAGAGAAAUAUACUGUACGUUAUCCCAGUGAUGCACACAUACAUACAGCAAUAUGCACAUCUUAAAUAAUUGUGGACUGUUUAAGUUGAUGAGGGGCACCUUAUGAUAUAUUUUAAAGACACAUUCUAUUACAUGACGUAAUAUUUUAAUUUUACUCACUCUAAUCAAGAGCUAAGCUGAUAAUAUGACUGGCUCUGUGUCAGGCGUCAGUGUGUAGCGGUAGGACGGAGUCAGGCGCAGGACACAGAGCUAGUAGACAACGUACUUUAUUCGUAAAUAUAAAUGAACAUAAUCUCCACGCAGGGAGGAACAAUCCCGCUCACCAGUCGAUGACACCAAACAUAGAACAAACACGCACACAACACAGUGGGAGCCAGAGUGUUAAAUAGGGAACAAAUCAUGGACAUAAUGGGAACCAGGUGUGUACAAUAAAGACAAAACAAGUAGAACACAGAAACAUAGAUCAGCGGCAGCUAGUACUCCGGUGAUGACGAACGCCGAAGCCUGCCCGAACAAGGAGGAGGGGCAGCCUUGGCUGAAUCCGUGACACUCUGUUCUUAGCGCAUAUAUGUCUGGACAUGACCGCAUUCCCCUGUGGCAGUAUGGAUGGUACUGGUAUUAACCGUGACCUGAUAAAAGGUCUACCUCAGUCACCAUAUUAUCCGUUUUUCCUUAGGUUUUUAGAGACAAGGGUCAUGUAAGACACCCUGUAAGAUAUUGUAAUUGUAAGAUACCCUGGAAAAUUCCAAGUCUUACCUGAGUAAAAUCAAGGGUGACAGUGGGCCACAAAGUCUCACCAUCUGCUUGGUGGCCUCAGUCACAGCCUCUCAGAUAUGAACGCAGCUCUGCUUUGAUAUCUCCUCCAGGUCACAACCCUGCGUAAGAGAGUGGAGGAGCUGAGUAAAUUGUAAGUAAAGCUGGACAGUUGUCACAGCUCAGGGGGCUCUCCCGCGCCACUGCGGUGCAUGGUCUGAAACUUAAUGAGAAAGUUGCAUGUGAAACUUAACACAGAGGUGAUGGAAACAGAGCAAAAGGUUCAAUGAUCGAUCGAGGAGACAAGAGAAGACACCAUGGAAGACGCAAAAUGAAACUUGAAUGAGUAUUGAUUAUAUUUCACUCAUUCAGGUUGAACAUUCUAUGUUAUAGACAUGAUAUAACACAUUGCAUACUGUACCAUCUCAUUCUGAAACAAGUUACAGAGGUAUUAGAGUAUGUCUAUGUGCAAGCACUUUAGACUGAGACCCAAUCAUAGACCCAUAAAGAACGGCUGUGCUAAAAGACAGUCACUAAUCAGGUCUUAAGAAAUGGUGUGUUUCACAGGUAAGUGAUUCUGUCUGGAUUUCAUUCCCAAUGAAAGAAGUGACAGAAACUCAGUGGCAGUAGUGUGUGGCUAAUUGUCUCUAGCAUGUCCUCCUCCCCUAAACUCUCUAUCCUUGGCAAUUUGGAGAGUCAAUACUGACACACACACACACACAGUCCACCGACAAUUAGCCUAACUAUUCACAUGCUCUCACAGUCCUAUUUGUUUUCAUCAAUAAAAACCUAUUAUUUGAUUAAGCGAAGUGCAGAAACCUAAGACAAGAUCAACCUUCUUAUACAGCAGCAGUCUGCAAGGGUCUAGUUUAUGGUGUCACUCAGUAAGAGUGUCUGUUAGGCUAGGUGUGUGUCUGGUCUUGGUUCCCCAUACUGCCACAUACAGCAGGCAACCCCUGGCCACAGGACAUUCAGUCCACAGAAAUGAGAGCAUUGGGGCUCCUCAGUCCCAAGGUAAAGCCUCAGUAAGUCAGUCAGUCUGUCUCCUGUUAAACGUGCUGUUGAAUGUGUCAUUUCCAGGUCAUCACUCUCAGGGACCGCAUUGAUGAGUUACAGAAACAGUAAGUCAUGUAGCUUCCACCCAAUAUCAUUCUAGCCUGGUCCCAGAUCUGUUUGUGCUCUUGCCAACCAUUGCUGUUGUUGUAACGCCAAGCAAUUCCAUAAGGAGGUGGCUAGAGAGCAGAAACACACUGGCACCCAGGCUAGUAACAUUCCUCUCCUACACCCACUCAGACGGCAAACAUUGUAAUCUGGUGAAUUAACACAGAAAUAUGGACAUUAUCCAUCUAAUUACCAUGCAGAGUUAAAUGGUUAAAGAACGUUUAACUCAAGCCAUCCAUAGAAUGGCCUCAUAGGCCUAAUAUACUUCCAUCAACAUGACAUACAGUAACUGCCAAAACUGUUCAGGACACUUCAUGGCAGUUUAUGGCAGAAAACAUUACAGUUUAGAAUCCACCAAUGAGAUUAAAUGCUGUUGAUUUUAUCUCUCCCUUCGCUAUCUGACAGAAGAAACCAGUUUGCUAUAGAACAAGAUUGACAUUCAUGUUACUGUAUAGGCAAACAUAGCCAGACGUUAAUUUUGAAUUUGCUAUAACAUUACUUAUUUAGUACUCUUGGCCCUUUUGGAACAUAAACACAAGCACCACUCUUAUACCUUUGGCAAAACACAUAUACAGUACACACUGACAAUCCAAAUCGCAAAGGAUAUAGGCCUACAACCAGGUUCAAGAUGACAAGACUUAUUGGGUGUCAACAAAGAAAGCCAAGUUCUUGUGCAUCACGUUCCUGAGCUGUGAUGUAACAGAAAUGGAUCUCUCAAGUCUCAAACCUUAUUUUUUUUUAAUAUAUAAGGCUCUGGUUCUCUUUAGUCCAUGUGUUCUAUGUUGUGGGUAUUGUCACAUUGUCAAAUGUUUCAAAAGCAAAGAAAAUACAUGAAAGCAUCUGAUCCUGAGGUAACUUUAGAUUUGUUCAUUGUGCAGUCAAUGAAAUGCCUGUCCAGUUACAAAAUAUUGUGCUUUCAACGUUGAGCUUUGGGCUCAUGUUUCUUUGGUCUCUCAGUGUUGCGUUCUAAUGUCUCGAAGCUUUCAUGUGUGUCACUGCCACCAAGGACCGGCUGUUAGCCUGAUGUCCAUAAAGACAGAAAAUACUCCAUGAAUCUUCACGACCACAGCGGUAUAGAACACUCGGGUCAGUGAGAGAAUCAUGGAAUAUUUCCUUUGCUUUCAUUCAUUCCAUCAUCACCUCCAUUCCAUGGUAAGUGCUGCAUGGUGUGUCGUGAAGGAUAAGCAUGACAACUCCAUGACUUGUUUUGAGUGGUCUGAUGUGAUUUUAUCUGAUGUGGUCGAUGAUUGUUAGUUUGACCAAUGUUAUAAUAUUAACAUUAGAACAGCAUAACUCACACAUUUGCAUCCACAUCUAAAGUAAUUUUGAAGUCAAUUUAGUAAAUUAAAGUCAAUGUAAGUCUUUAUUUGUAGAUUAAAAUAUGGCAUUAAUUGUCUCUUUAUGGGAUGUCUCACUCUUUUCUCUCUCUUUCUGACAUUUUACAGCUCCAAGAAGGGUAAAACGGUCCGCAGAAAGUAA